AUGCGGUUGGAUCUGGUUCUGCAUGCUGUAAUGGCUUUUAAUUUCAAGCUUCUCGAAAGUCUUCCGAUCUGUCGCGAUUUUAAAGCUGGAAAGUGUCACAGGAACACCGAAUGCCGUUACGUCCAUCUCAUUGAUGAAAAUGUCGAGGUCAAUCAGGGUCGAGUGACCGUGUGCCGAGAUGCUGCAAAAGGUCGGUGCACCCGGAUCCCCUGCAAGUACUACCACAUCCCACUCAUCGCCAUUUCGGCCAGCCGUUCCCUGGCGCUUAACUCGGCUCUCUCGGCCGCAGUGGCUGCAAACGCUUUUACCAACACCGCUGCGGGUACCGUCGCUGCCUCGCCAGGGACAGCAGCUACUUCUACAUCAUCACUCACUAACGGAACCUCCAAUAACCCUCUUCCCUCUCAACCACCUUCCACUUCUGCGUCUCUGACGAAGAGCUUGUGA